AUGACGGAGCGUUGGACGUACACGCUGACCGGCUUCGGCGAGUUCCUCGAAAUGCGUCGCGUCUCGUUCUCCGAGCCGAUGCCGGCCGCCCGCCUCUGCGGCGUCUGCGGCCUGCUGCCUUGCCGCACCGUGCGGCUGCCGUGCGGCCACGUCUUCUGCGAGUCGUGCAAGGCCCAGAUAGGGCGAGGCGACAGCUGCCCCUUCGGCGGGAAGAAGUUCGCCGACUCCGAGGUUCACUCGAUGAGCGUCGAGCGCAGCGACCUCGAGCAAAGCCGCAUUGUGUGCACGGCCGGCCCCCAGGUGUGCGGCUUCGCCGGCAAACUGUGCGAGCUCGGAGAUCACCUGACCAAGUGCGGUGGUGGAGAGACCAGGUGCGGCAAGUGCCAGCGAUCCGUGUUUCGCGGUCUCGCCGUGGAUCACUAUCGGAAGUGCACCGGUACGCCGGUUGCGGCGAAUGCCGAAAUUGUCGCCAAGGGACUCGAAGAUGUUGCCAAGACGGACGUGGAAACCCCGCGGGAACUGAUGCUGGGCAAAGGCGUCGACCUGGAAGCCAUGUACAGCUCCCUCAUCAACGCUUUGGCCGAGAGGGUGGCCAGUCUCGAACGUCGGGUGCUCGAAUUGGUGAACAAGUACAGCAGCGACCCAGAGCCAUAG